AUGUUGCAGAUUAAUUUCGGGUUGUGUGACGCAUGCGUCGGGUUCCGCGGGAUCGAUAACAGACUGCAACGAAAUGCGCGCAACAUUCCGAGGAAAUCAGAGCAGAAAACGCGGGUCGGAAGCGGUGGGGCAAAAAUGUUUUUGAAAAAACUCUUUCUGUUGCUGUGGAAAAAUUGGCUGAUUCGAUGGCGGCACCCGGUGCUUUUCUUCGUGGAAAUAAUAGCAGUAGCCCUAUUUUUUGGCCUAUUGCUGAUUGUCAAAAUCCAACUGGCAUCAUCAUCCGGCGACGUUUUGGGCUCGGACACGGAAAUAUUUGCUCCUUCGCUGGAAAGAGGAAUUCUUGGUGCCUUAACUGGGACUUGGACUGAACCUCCAGUAAUUAUGUACGCUCCGAACAAUACGGAGACUCGUGAAAUCAUGGAAAAUGUACUCGAAAUGAUCGUUCCCAGUACCCGAGAAGCAGGACCUUUGGAAACAAGGGCAUUUGCAUCCGAAAAGGAAUUACUGAGAGCAGUCGAUUCCUUGGGACUGAUAUCUGGGUUCCUUUCACUGAGAGGAGCGAUAGUUUUCACUUCAACAACUGGAAACUCUUUUUCUUACAAAGUUCGCAUCAAGAACUUUCAGAUUCCGACUGAGUUUUUGUUUUCACCCGUUUCGCUUCCUGGUGCUGGGGACACGUACUGGAACUAUGAUAGUUACGUGGCUCCAUUGCAGUUGGUGAUUCGAACGCAGGCGUUUCCGUAUCCGGCUUACAGUGCGGCUUUGCAGGACUUCCUGUCAUUUUUAUUUGGAUUAAUGUUGCCACAGUUCACGGUUUUCGGUUUCCUGUUCUUAGUGCCUAUCAUUCAUCUGGGGGUUGUUAAGGAGAAGCAAACAGGUGUCAAGGAGCUGAUGAAGAUGAUGGGCAUGAGCAGGGUCUUGUACUGGUCAAGUUGGCUGCUGAGCUGCAUCGUGUCGUUAAUUAUCCCGAUAACGAUCGCGAUAAUUAUCUGCGUGGCGCCGAUUUCCUCAGACGGCGCCAUCUAUGGACACAGUGACGGACUUCUCAUAGCUAUUUUCUACAUUCUAUUCGCCUUGUCUUUCAUCAGCUUCUCAUUUUUCGUCACGACAUUUUUUGACAGGCGAGUUGGACUCCAGUGGAAAAACAUGAACCAAGCACCGUAUUUAAACGACGGCAUGACCAUGACCUCAGUUUUCCUCAUGCUGGUCUUUGACACAGUUUUCUACAUGAUCCUCACUUUGUACAUGGACACCAUAAAACCUGGAAAGUACGGGGUUCCUGCGCCAAUUUACUUCCCGUUCCAGCUUUCAUACUGGUUUCCCAAGAAGAGCAAAGUGAAUGCGAAAUCGGACUCAGCAUCUGCUUCAAUACUAGCUGGCAAAAACCAGUUCUUUGAAGAAGAGCCUCAGCAUUUGCAAGCCGGAAUCGACAUUGCAAAUUUGCGAAAGGUUUUCUGGUCACUAGAAGGGAAAAAAGUCGCUGUUGAUGGCCUGAGUUUGAAGGCGUAUCGCAGUCAAAUCACUGCUCUUUUGGGUCACAAUGGCGCGGGGAAAACUACUACUAUGUCAAUUUUGACAGGUCUUUACUCGCCAAGUGGAGGCACUGCUGUUAUUGAUGGCUAUGACAUCACAACAAGCUUGGACAAGGUCAGGGAAAGAAUGGGACUGUGUCCACAACAUUCCAUGCUUUUCCCUGAAAUCACUGUCAUGGAACACCUCCUGCUUUUCGGCCAG